GCGGCAUCGGGCGCAGGCAGCUCGGCUCGCCUGGCCGGUCGACUGUUCGGGCGGUUCCGUUCGGACCCCAGCCUUGGCUCUAGCCUCGCGAUGGGAGCCGCUUCCCGGGGGCAGAGCUGGUCAGCAUCCUCGACCUGCCCUCACACCUGAAGUCAGAGAAGAGCCCUACCCUUUGCCCCGUUUUGGGGUCUACUCUGUCUGUCUGGUCUUCAGCCCUAGUGGCUGCCCAGUUUGACAAAGGAUCAGGACAAUGAUACUGGCGUCAGUGCUGGGGAGCGGUCCCCGGGGCGGGCCUCCACUCCGGCCCCUCCUGGGGCCCGCACUGUCACUCCGGGCCAGCUCCACUUCAGUCACGGAUACACACCACGUGGAGAUGGCGCGGGAGCGCUCCAAGACCGUCACCUCAUUUUACAACCAGUCAGCCAUCGACGUGGCAGCCGAGAAGCCCUCAGUCCGUCUUACUCCGACCAUGAUGCUCUAUUCAGGACGCUCUCAGGAUGGCAGUCACCUUCUGAAAAGUGGCCGGUAUCUGCAGCAAGAGCUGCCAGUGAGAAUUGCUCACCGCAUCAAGGACUUCCGCAGCCUGCCCUUCAUCAUUGGCUGCAACCCCACCAUCCUGCACGUGCAUGAGCUGUACAUCCGUGCCUUCCAGAAGCUGACAGACUUCCCUCCGAUCAAGGACCAGGCAGAAGAGGCCCAAUACUGUCAACUGGUGCGUCAGUUGCUGGAUGACCACAAGGAUGUGGUGACCCUCUUAGCUGAGGGCCUGCGUGAGAGCCGAAAGCACAUAGAGAAUGAGAAGCUUGUCCGCUGCUUCUUGGACAAGACGUUGACUUCACGGCUUGGGAUCCGCAUGUUGGCUACACAUCACCUGGCACUGCACGAGGACAAGCCUGACUUUGUGGGCAUCAUCUGCACUCGCCUCUCACCAAAGAAGAUUAUUGAAAAGUGGGUGGACUUUGCCAGACGCCUGUGUGAGCACAAGUACGGCAAUGCCCCCCGCGUCCGCAUCAACGGGCACGUGGCUGCCCGUUUCCCUUUCAUCCCUAUGCCACUGGACUACAUCCUGCCGGAGCUGCUCAAGAAUGCCAUGAGAGCUACGAUGGAGAGUCACCUAGACACUCCCUACAACGUCCCAGACGUGGUCAUCACCAUCGCCAACAAUGACAUCGAUCUUGUCAUCAGGAUUUCAGACCGGGGCGGGGGAAUUGCUCACAAAGACCUGGAUCGGGUCAUGGACUACCACUUCACUACGGCCGAGGCCAGCACCCAGGACCCCCGGAUCAGUCCCCUUUUCGGCCACCUGGACAUGCACAGUGGCAGCCAGUCAGGACCCAUGCAUGGCUUUGGCUUCGGGCUGCCCACGUCACGGGCCUACGCGGAGUACCUUGGUGGUUCCCUGCAGCUGCAGUCCCUGCAGGGCAUUGGCACAGAUGUCUACCUGCGGCUCCGCCACAUCGAUGGCCGGGAGGAGAGCUUCCGCAUCUGACCCCAGAGUCCUUGGCCUGCUUGCCUGCCCAGCCUGGGCCAUAUUCUGCCAAGACCUUCCAGGUCAGGCAGCGUCCCAACAUGCUCCAUUUGCUGCUGUAUCUUGGGUCUCAGAUCCCCAGACAGAUGGACUUAAUGUGGAGCUGGGCACCCCCACCCUCAACAGGGUCCACUGUUUCCCUUCCUCCAGGCCUUUGAAAGGGGAAAUGGGGACCCGUGAGGCCUCCAGCACCAGCUCCAUCAUUCUCGUUCCUGGGGGACCUCCCCCACUUGGACCUGCUGUUUAUUAUUAAAGUUCAUAUUUUGAAUGCCCUCGUGGGCCCUGUGUGUGGGGUAGGCAGGUGA